AAAUAAACAAAACCGACCAGCAGGAGUAGAUAAGGAGACAGAGUCCAAAUGGGAAGCAAAAAAGUGGAGUCAUACUUUGUGUUCAUGAACUUUGAUCCCCAAUACGAGCGUCUUCGAGCUGAUCGAACCAAGAGUGGGGCGCAUGAACUUGAUGUCUACCUCAGUAAGAAGCACGAUGAACUGUUAGCAACCACCCUCGAGCCAGGAAGCUACACCAAGAUAUCUUCUUUGGUCAUUGUUGAUGGAUUUGCUGUCAAAAUCACGGAAGAUCAAGCGAAAGUGCUUAGAUCUGCAAAAGGAGUGAGGGUUGUGGAGAAAAACCAGGAAGUGGCUUAGUAUAGGGGACAAGAUCCGCGUUUCAGAAGAAAAUUAACUGCGCUGGUUUAACGAUUUCUGAAGAACUUGUGGCCAGGCCACCGAGUGAAUGUUUGAUAUGUUUGAAUUUUCCUUCAAUUAUCAGCUGGGAGCUGACAAUUAAUGUUGUUGAAGUGAUCAUUAAUAUUGUGGUACCUCAUUACUUCAGCAAAUAUUUAUAUAU